AUGGCUUCUCCCAAGAAAAUAUCCAUUGUGUGCCUUCCUGGUGACGGCGUUGGUCCCGAAGUCGUUGGCGAAGCUGUCAAGGUGUUGCAAAAGGUAGCUGCUCACCGUUCCAAGGCUCUCAAUGUCGAGUUUGAAUUCAAGAAUGAGCUCAUUGGUCUUGCUGCUUUGGAGAAGACUGGCGAACCCCUUCCUGAUAGUGCAUUGGAUGCAUGCAAGGCUGCUGAUGCUAUCUUGCUUGGUGCUGUUGGUGGUCUUCCUGGUGCCAAGAUUGGCAGUGGACCUCGUCCUGAACAAGGAUUGUUGAAGCUUCGAAAGUCCCUUGACCUUUAUGCCAACUUGCGUCCUGUGACAUUUGCAUCAGAGAGCUUGACAAGCUUGUCCCCCCUCAAGGAUCAAGUUGUUCAAGGUGUUGAAUUUGUCUUUGUUCGUGAAUUGGUCGGUGGCAUCUACUUUGGUGAUCGUAAGGAAGCUGGUGAAGAUGGCAAGGCAUACGAUACUCUCCCCUAUUCCAAGGAAGAAAUUGAACGCGUCACUCGUCUCGCUGCCUUGUUGGCAUUGAAGCAAAACCCUGUUGGCAAGAUCCAUUCCAUUGAUAAGGCUAAUGUUUUGGCCACUUCUCGUCUCUGGCGCAAGACUGUCACUGAAACGCUUGAACGUGAGUUCCCUCAAUUGGAAUUCGAGCAUCAUCUUGUCGACUCAGCUGCUAUGGCUAUGGUGCAAAACCCCAAGAAGCUCAAUGGUGUUGUCCUCACUGAGAACAUGUUUGGUGAUAUUCUUUCGGAUGAAGCCUCUGUCAUUGUCGGCUCUCUUGGCUUGUUGCCAUCCGCUUCGUUGAAUGGUCUCCCCGAUGGCAAGAGCAAGUGUGUUGGUUUGUAUGAGCCUAUCCAUGGAUCAGCUCCUGAUAUUGCUGGCCAAAACGUUGCCAACCCUAUUGCUACCAUCCUCAGUGUUGCCAUGAUGCUUCGAUACUCGCUUGGUUUCGAAGAGGAAGCCAAGGCUGUUGAGACCGCUGUACGUCAAGUUUUGGAUGGUGGUGUGCGUACUCGCGACUUGGGCGGUGACCAAUCGACUACUCAAAUCGGUGACAAGGUCACUGAAACUCUUGGCCCUAUCCUUGAUUCUAUCAACUAA